AUGGAAGAAGAUGAGUUUAGGUGUUGGAGCGGAGGUCGUAUUGAGGAGCAAGCUAAGAGACCGGUUGCGUGGAUGAACUAUGAAUUGAUGCAGCAUUUGUUGAGAUACUGGAGAAACGAAGAAAAUAUGCUGUUCAUGAGCAUUCUGCUCGCACCAGCAAUGACGUUGGCCAGGCUACAUCCGCUGUUGGUCACUUCCUCCUCAAUUACCACACUCAACCAGCCUCUAACUCUCACCAAUCUUCCUGCCGACAUCCACUUUGCGAUUUUCAAGAACCUCCACAUCGUCCAUGCAACCUGCCUAGGUCUUACGAACACGACCUUCUAUGCAGUCCUCAAAGCUAUCUACCCGGGCAAGAUCUCGAUUGAUCCGUACGCUUACAAGUACAGCUGGGCGAAAGUAGGCCUGCUAGGAAACUUGAUCUCGCAGUGGAUGCGUCCGCGGAUGCUUUGGGACGGCUUCGUUUUUGUGACGCCCGAGCGGUACAAGGAAUUGGAAGACCGAGACUAUGAUCUCAGUUUGCAAGCACAGUUUGAGGAAAUGUGCAAAUGGUAG